AUGGAGAACUCAGAUGCUCUCCCAGCAUUUAUCACGACGGACACAGGCGUACCACCAACCGUCGUUGCCAACGCAGCCAACGCCAUUGCCCUUCCUAUCUUCGCCGUCAUCGCGCUCAUCAUCACCUACCUGCCUCUUCGCUCUUUCUACCGCGUCAAUAACGUCGCAGCCUGCAGCAUCAUCUUCGUCGUAAACUACGUCAAUCUGCAGACUUUCGUCAACGCCCUCCUCUGGCCCAACGAUGACUGGUCAGAAUGGUGGAUCGGCUACGGCGUCUGUGACGUCGAAAGCCUAUUCCGCUUCCCCAUCACCAUGGCUCUUGCUACCUCUCUCUGCUGUUUAACAAAAGGCUUAGCUGAUGCACUGGACACCGAGCAUGCGGUCUUCAACCAGACGAAGGCACAAAGACGACGCAAGCUGCUUGGUGAUGUGCUAUUCUGCUGGGCCAUCCCUGUCAUACAAAUGGCGUUGCAUUACGUGGUACAGGCUGGUCGGUAUAUGAUUGCGCCAGUAUGGGGGUGUGGAGAUCAGUUGGAUAACUCGUGGCCGAUGCUGAUCAUUAUCAUCAUAUGGUGCCCGCUGUUCACUCUGCUGAAUGUGUACUAUGCCAUUAUCAUGCUCACCCGGCUCUACAAGCAUCGCCGCACCAUCAGCGCUGCUCUUACAUCAACCGGCUCUGGUCUCGCCCCGCGCAAAUUCAUCAAACUCGUCAUCAUCUCCCUCUCAACGAUGCUCAUCUACCUGCCCGUUCAAUCCGUGUUCAUUUGGCUCGCCAUCCCCACCUCCUUCGUCAAGUACUCGUGGGCACGCGUGCACAACCCUGUCACAUGGAACCCGGUACUGUUCAUCCAUACCGAGAACCAGCCUUCGCUGCAAUGGAACGGAUGGGGUGGUAUCGCCAUGGCGUUCAGCAUGUUCUUGUUCUUUGGCUUCAACGAUGAUGCCGUGGACAGCUACCGCAAGUGGUUGGUCAUGUGCGGUGCUGGGAAGGUCUGGCCGAGCCUGAAGCUGAGCAGAGACGAGAGACGCGGAAGCGCUAGUGGAAGUGGACACGGCAGUGGGACUUUCAACAGCGGAGGGAGAUCCUUUGGAAGCCGUUUUGAUCUUGUCGGCAAGGCUAUGAAAUAUCUGGAUGGGGAUAAGAGGAAGGACAGUCAGGCCUCGACGGCAAUGGGUGGUGAUACCAUGAUUUCAAUGAACACCCGAAAAGGAUCCCAAGGCACCUUCUUUGAAAACACGACACCCUUCGACACUACCAGCACCAGCGUCUCUUCCCUACAGAAGAUGAGCCCGGGCUCGGCAUACAACCCUUCGUCCGCUACCUCGUCAACACCGCUCCACCCAUCAACUUUGCCCAUCCACAGCACCCACAGCACCCACACCCGCGGCUUCUUCUCUCUCUUCCGCACCACAGUCCACCUCCCCUUCUUCGCCCCAUCCUCACCCUCCCCCUCAUCCUCAUCCUCCCCCUCCCCGCCCGGCCACCAUCGAAGCCAACCCGCCUCCCCCCAGGACAACCGUCACAAGCCGACCGACCGCUCAAGCAGCCACGACCCGACCUCCCCCUUGCCGCACCGCACACCCGCCAUCUCGCCAACGCCCACCACCGUCAGCACGUCCAUCUGGUCAUCGCCCAGCCCCAGCCGCUCCUCCAGCAACAAUACCCACCCCCACCUGCACUCGCGCUCACACAGCAACAACUCGCAUUUCUGCACGCACUCGCCCUUCCACGCAAAGCCGCCCACCACCACCAUCACCACUACCGACGCAGACGACGAGCUCGGUCCCGGCUCGCCCAAGAUGGGCACGCGCGCGUACCGCGAGCGCGAGCGGCGCGAGAUGCUGCGGGCUGCAAAGGGGGAGAAGAGGACGUCGGACGGAGCGGGCAAGGGGGGAGGGGUGGUCAAGACGACGCGGGUGGAGGUCAGUGAGGAGUGCGUUGUGGCGGCACCUUGA